UGCAGCAAGAAUCCGAGGAUUUAUUUCAGUGUCCCGUUCUUCCUAAAAAAUCGUGGAUUGUUUCUGCCGUUAAAUCCGACAGAAAGGGGAUUACUGACUAGAUAAUUUCCAAUCUGAUUUCAGGUGUCGUCCCUGAAGGUUUUGGAAAAUUGUGGCUAUGUUUGAGAUUUUACUGACGGUAACUUUUGGCACAGCGUCCUUUCUCUUACUCGUUUUGCUGUUCAGCAGGAGACGGAGAGAGGGAGAGCCUCCACUGAUAAAAGGAUGGAUUCCAUUUUUGGGGAAAACGCUUGAAUACAGAAAAGAUUCAUAUAAAUUUUUAAAACAACUACAGAAGUGCCAUGGCGAUGUCUUCACUGUACUGAUCGCAGGUAAAUAUGUGACAUUUGUGAUGAACCCACUUCUGUACCCCGCUGUAAUUAAACAUGGGAAGCAGCUGGACUUCCAUGAGUUUUCACGUGCAGCAGCUUCCAAAACUUUUGGCUACCCUUAUUUACACCCUGGAAGGUUUCCUGGCUUGAGUGAGAAAAUCCAGAGAUCGUUCUUGCUCCUUCAGGGUUCACCUCUCAACUCUCUUGCUCUUAAAAUGAUGGGAAACUUACAGCUGGUCUUUCAACAAGACUUCCAGUCCAGCCAUGUAGUACGAGGGGAGUAUGACUGGCAGCAGGAGGGUCUAUAUGAGUUUUGUGAACGUGUAAUGUUCAAGGCAACAUUUCUAACACUGUAUGGACAACCCCCAAACACAAAUGUGUAUACACACUUGCACGGGGAGAGGUGGAUAGAUGAGCUGCGUGACAACUUUAGGAAGUUUGACUCAAUGUUUCCUCUGCUGAUUGCCAAAAUACCUAUUGGUCUGCUGGGAAGAACUAAAUAUAUUCGGGAACAGCUUAUUAGGUUUUUUCAUCCUCAAAAAGUGGCAAAAUGGACUGCUCCAUCAGAGUUCAUAAAGACACGCAUGGAAUUUUUUCAACAGUACGACACACUCAAAGAUCUGGACAUAGCAGCUCACCACUUUGCAAUCCUGUGGGCAUCAGUGGGGAACACUAUCCCAGCAUGCUUCUGGUGCUUGUACCACCUCCUCUCCAGCCCUCAGGCAUUUUCAGUUGUGCAAGAGGAGAUUAUGGGCAUGUUUGGAGAAAUGGGUCCUGAGUCUAUUCUUACUUAUGACAAAUUGACUCCAGAACAUUUUGAGAAGCUGAUUUACCUUGAGAGUGCUAUUAACGAGAGUCUCCGUCUUUCUUCUGUCUCAAUGAAUAUCCGGGCAGUUCAAGAAAAUUUCUGUCUGCAUCUAAAUCCUCACUGUUCUGUUGGUGUGCGUAAAGGAGAUAUUGUCACUCUUUAUCCCCAGAGCACACAUUUGGACCCGGACAUCUACCCAAAUCCGAUGCAGUACCAGUUUGACCGUUUUGUGGAGAAUGGGAAGCUGAAGACAGAAUUUUACAAAGGCGGUCAGAAGAUCCGAUACUACCACAUGCCAUUUGGAUCAGGGGCUACCAUGUGUCCUGGACGUUUCUUUGCCAUUAAUGAACUGAAGCAAUUUUUGUGUAUCACCCUGCUGAUGUAUGACAUGCAGCUCCCUGCCGGUCAGCAGCAGGCAACCAUAGACAAAAGUCGAUCAGGUCUUGGCAUAAUCCCACCUGCAAACCGUAUCUAUUUUAGGUAUAGAGUGAAAAUGAACAGCAUGCAGAGACAGGGGCUGUAGAACAAAUGCACACUGAGAUGAAUGGCUGCAGUGUGUUUCUUGCACACAUUCCAGACAAUAUUUCUGUGCAUUUGGUAAAAAAAAAAAAAAUGUCCAAAAGAGUCAUGUAGAAAGGUUAAAACUUUUUCACACAGACGUAUACAGUAUACCCAAAAUGAAAUUAUUAUGUUUGACAGUAAUAAACCAGAGCAGGAGACAGGUUUUACAUUUAAAUACAGAAAUAUAGAAAGUUUAGGUUUCAUUAUAGAGGGUGACUGCCUAGUAUUUGUUGUUGUCCUUCUUCUUCUUCUUCUUCUUCUUUGUCUUUUGGCUGUUCCCUUUCAGGGGUCACCACAGCGAAUCAUCUGCCUCCAUCUAACCCUAUCCUCUGCAUCCUCUUCUCUCACACCAACUAACUUCAUGUCUUCUCUCACUGCAUCCAUAAAUCUCCUCUUUGGUCUUCCUCUAGACCUCCUGCCUGGCAGUUCCAACCUCAGCAUCCUUCUACCGAUAUAUUCACCAUCUCUCCUCUGAACAUGUCCAAACAACCUCAAUCUGGCCUCUCUGACUUUAUCUCCAAAACAUCUAAUAUGGGUUGUCCCUCUGAUGAACUCAUUCUUGAUCCUAUCCAUCCUUGUCACUCCCAAAGAGAACCUCAACAUCUUCAGCUCUGCUACCUCCAACACUGCCUCCUGUCUUUUUUUCAGCGCCACUGUCUCUAAGCCGUAGAGCAUCGCUGGUCUCACCACUGUCUUGUACACCUUUCCUUUCAUUCUCGCUGAUAUUCUUUUAUCGCACAACACGCCUAACACUUUUCUCCACCCAUUCCAACCUGCCUGUACCCGCCUCUUCACCUCCUUUCCACACUCUCCGUUGCUCUGGACCGUUGACCCUAAGUACUUAAAAUCCUGCACCUUCUUUACCUCUGCUCCCUGUAGCCUCACCGAUCCUCUUGGGUCCCUCUCAUUUACACACAUGUAUUCUGUCUUGCUGCGGCUAACCUUGCCUAUAAGCCUAAAAGUCUGCAAGUCUUUACAGUACAGCAAGUACAUUUUCCAAUUGUGUUUUUGUCUUCGACCAAAGGAUGAAGGAGAACUGAUGAAAAAUCCUUCUGAGGGAAACAAGCCCUCUGUAACCUUUUUGGAUAUUGCCUGUUCUCCAAGUAGGUUUAAGAACCAUUUCUCUCCAGAUUUUCUACUUUUCCGUUACUCACUGCUAAAAUCAAGUACCUAUGUUUCUUUAACAAAAUGACUUCAUUCAUGUAAGUGGGGGUAUUAUGAAAAUAAGGCAAUCUGAUUGCUUUGAACAGCUGGAAAAGGUAAAUUUAAAAAGUAACUUAGCAGAUGGUAAGUCAAGAACAGAAAUGAAUGGUCUAUAGCAGCUGCUUUCUGCUUCUGGACCCAGGUUCUAAAUUAGACAUUGCAAUGUUUUUCCUUCCAGCAAGAACCAAUUUUUUUAACCUACUUAACAAUUAUAUUACCAUACAUCAGUAACGUAGUCUCUAAGAUCAGAAAAGGAUGUGUUAAGGCUAACAGAAUCUAUGCAACUGAAUGUAUGUAUUACAGUAGGUCAUAAUGUGUUAUAUGGAUUAAAAUAAAAUAUUCCCUUGAAAUAAUAA